AUUUGAAACAUAUAACAUCGUGUGUUGGUUAAUACUUUCUGGAAUAUUGUGAUUAUUCAAUAGAUGGGAUUAUCAUUCCCCAUGGUAGACACGAUUAUACAUAAUAUCCAUGGGAGGAUGGGUGUAUUGGUUAUAUUUGUAGUUUACAAGUGGAUGAUUGGAAAGAAUAUGGCCGAGACUGAGGUUAUGCAAUGCAACUUCCCUAAUGACAAUAGGGGUUUUUGAUUUGGCAUGAAAUAAAUUGAUUCUCUGAUAUUGUGUUGGUAGUGACAAUGGUUUUUUGAAGUGUGAAAGAAGAUGAGAUGAAGAAGAAAAUUGUCCAUAGAGUCUAUUCGUUUAUACCUAAUUCGUUCCCACAUAUUCCGGGCCCUAAGUGUAAAUUGGGUUGAUGGCAAACAAAGAAUAAAACCACGGACUCCUGCCUACCUCUUCACUCCCUCUUCCUCUUGCUCCACCCCUUGCCCUUCUACUGUCUUACAUCAUGGUUUAUCAUAAUCAGAAGUCCGUUGGCGAGAACCUACCAAGGGCAAAGUUCAUGUCUGAAUUCGAUGAACAGACUCCAACUGCUUAUGAUCCCUUUGCUGAUGCAAAUGCUGAGGACUCCGGUGCUGGGACAAAGGAGUAUAUUCAUGUGCGUGUGCAGCAACGCAAUGGAAGGAAAAGCCUGACAACUGUUCAAGGGCUGAAGAAGGAGUACAGCUAUAGCAAGAUACUGAAGGACCUGAAGAAAGAGUUCUGCUGUAAUGGUACUGUUGUCCAAGACCCCGAGCUGGGCCAGGUCAUACAACUUCAGGGAGAUCAAAGAAAGAACGCUUCCACAUUCCUUGUGCAGGCUGGAAUAGCAAAGAAGGAGCAGAUCAAGAUUCAUGGUUUCUAGGCCCUAAGAAGCAGCGGAUAAUUCAGUUUCAUGUUAUAUAGCCUGCGUAUUACACUCAUAGCAGCAGUUGAUGAUAAAUCCGAAAACUUUAUAUAAUCUUCUUUGUUGUUUUUGAACCUUCUCGGAUGGUUAUUUUCUUUUCAUGUGAUAGAACUAUAUGGUUGUUGCCAAGAGGAUCUUUGCAAUAAAUUUGUCAUUGUGUCUCCGUGGGUGCUUCAGUA